AUCGAGGUGUGAAUGCUCCCUAACAUGUAUUGUUUUGAUUAACAUAACCUCAUUUAUUGUUAACAGUAUACUCACAAUUUUAUUAUUUUUUUUUAAACUAUGUUAUUAAAUAUUUAAAAUGUUUUAUGUCAAUGCUCCAUCAGGGCAUAUACCUCUUCAUACUUUAGAAGAAUGUAUUUUAACAAGACUGGAAUAUUUGGAACUACUUUAUCAAAAAAAGCCGCACGAGCUAAAAGGAAAUUUUGAAUAUUUAUUAGAAUUUUCAAAUUAUGAUUUCGUUGGUCAUUUUACUUUAAGAUUAUUAGCGGCUGCUUCGAGUGAAUUUUGCCACUACUGGCUAACAAGAGAAACAUUAUUAUUUAAACAUAGAUUAAAUCAAAUUUCUCCCAGGCAAUUUAGUCGAUUAUUUAAAAGUAUAACACGUCAAGUGAAAAAACGUGAAAAAGUAAAUUCAAUGAUAGAUUCAACAUUAAUUGAAGUUUCUACGCAUUAUUUACAAAAUGAUAUUAAACAUUUUGUUUAUCAAAAAUUUUUAACUGAAUGUGAAGAACAUCCUCUAAAAGUAAAUUUUGAGCUAAUUCCAAAUAUGAUUGAGAAAAAGGAAGUGGAAUUAAAAAAAGGUUCGGCAAUUAUUUAUUGUUCACAAUGGAAGGAAAUUCUUAUUGAAUUAUUUCAAACUUUCUUAGAAUUAGAAACGUUUGAUACGGAAUUUUUUAAAGAAUUAGUAACAAAUGAUCCGCAUUUAACUUAUUUAAAUGAAAGACUAAAAUUUAAAUCAUCACCAAUUAGAAAUGAUAUUUUAUGUGGACAUUUAACAGCUGCAAAUUUACAUGUGGAAUCAUUAAAAUUUCCACCAUGUAUGAAACAUUUGCAUGAUGAAUUAAUUCGUAAUCAUCGAUUAAGUCAUUAUGCACGUUUUUAUUAUAGUCUUUUUUUAAAAGAAUGUGGUAUGAAAAUUGAUGAGGCUCUAAAAUAUUGGAAAAAUGAAUAUUCAAAACCACAUUUAAAUGUUUCUAUUUGUUCUCAUCAAUGGCAAAAAGAUUCGCGAAAAUAUACUUACAGUAUUAAACACAUGUAUGGUUUAGAGGGAUCACGAAAACAAUAUCAAUCGCCUACUUGUAAUUCUAUUUGUAUGUCGAAUGUUAAUGCAAAUUACGAAGGAGGAUGUCCUUUCAAAGAGUUUGAUAAAAGGAAAUUAAAGCAAGUUUUAAGUUCUAUAUUACCAAAAAAUGAAUUAGAUCAAUUUUUAAAAAUUACAUUUGGCCUGCAACCAAGAAGUGCAUGUCAAGCUUUUUUGAAAUUAACAUGCAAUGAAGUAAAAAAUAAUGUGACUGUAAUCAGUCCCGCUGAUUUUUAUUUCGCCAAAAAUAGUUUAUGCUAAUUUCUUUUUUUUUGUAAAUAUUUUUUUGCUUUUUUUUUAAUUUUGUAAUAUAGUUGAAAUUUAUCGAUUAAUUUUGAGAUAUUAGUAUAUUUUUACCAAGAUAGAUUCUAUUUAAAAUUAAAUUUUUAUUUUACCAUCGAAUAUGAUUUUUUUUUCUAACU